AUGAGAUUCAAUUCUAUUUUACUUUCAGCUAUUAUAUCUUCCACCUCUUUAGCCAUUGCUGAAGAAACUGUCAAGUAUAACACCGACAUCAUUUCUACCAUCAACACCUACUGGCAUAGAUCCACUGGAAGUCAUGUCGAGUCUACAGUUCCUGCUGAGUCAACCACAUCUGAUUGUGAGGAAUCAACAAAAACUACCUACGUUCACCCAACUUUUACUUCUUCUGAACAUACCACCAUUACACACACUACAACUGAUGAAGAUGACUGUAACGAGUCCACCAAAACCACUUUUGUUCCCCCAAACACAGAGAGCGAUACAACAACCACAACAUACACAACUUUGACUGAGCCUUACGAAAUUGAAGCCACCGUCACUCCAGCAAAACCUUAUGUGAACGAAACCACCAUAAUCUCACCAAAGUUUUACAAAAAUGAAACUACCCCAACUUUGCCACCAAUUCCAAGAACCACGGGCCCAGGUGCCACAACCAUUAUCCCAAUUCUACCACACAGAAACAGUACGGUCCCAAAUAUCCCCGAAGAUACAACCGUCACUUCUGCUCUUCUAGUUCCUGGUGUAACUACUGCUAUUCCUGGUGCUCCCGUUCCUGGUGUAACUACUGUUAUUCCUGGUGCUCCCGUUCCUGGUGUAACUACUGUUAUUCCUGGUGCUCCCGUUCCUGGUGUAACUACUGUUAUUCCUGGUGCUCCCGUUCCUGGUGUAACUACUGUUAUUCCUGGUGCUCCCGUUCCUGGUGUAACCACCGCUAUUGAUUCUCCAAACCUUGCCAUAACCACUGCUGCUCCAAUUUCUUCUGUCUCAAUAACACCAUCACCACAGGUCGAAUUUUCAACUUUUGCAGGUGAAGCCAUCAAGCCAAGUGGUUCAGGUGCUAUUGUAUUACUGGCUGUUGCUGCUUACCUUCUCUUAUGA